UCUCACCUUCUCCGUUCCCAGGUUUCCGGGAGAGACAGAGCGUGCAGGAGCCGCGGGGAUGCGGGCCGCACUGGAGCUGGCUGUGCUGCUGUACUGCCUGUGGCCUGGAGAGGGCGGAGGACAGGGGCAGCUCCACUCACCGAGGGAGCUGCAGGGUGAGGCUGUGACCCAGGAGAGGACUCUGCAGGAGGAAGGUCAGAGGCCGGGGCCCUUGGGAGCUCGUGCAGAGAGGGAGGGGGCCCCCAGGCUGGUUCGGUCCCGGUCCCGUUCCCGCAGGGGGGACGACUCUCUGUGCGGUCUGCGCUCCCUCCUGCUGCGGGUUCGGGAGCUGGGCCUGGGCUACGACUCGGAGGAGACGGUGCUGUUCAGGUACUGCGGGGGGGGCUGCCCGCGGGAGCGCUCCAACCACGACCUGACGCUGUCUGCCCUGCUGCAGCGCGGCGCCCUGCCCCCGCCACCACCUGGCACCCACAUGCACAGCGCCCCCUGCUGCCGGCCCACGCGCCACGAGGACCUGGCCUUCCUGGACUCCGCGCACCGCUGGCACCGGGUGGAGAAGCUGUCUGCCGCCGCCUGCAGCUGUGUGGGCUGACGGGAGUGGAUCCGUCCUGGGCUCAAGGACUGCUCACAGGGCACACCUGGAGGAGCCAGUGUGCUGCCGCAGAGGCCCAUCAGUCCCCAGUGUUACAACACUGUGCUUUUACCCUGAUCUCACUGGACUUUACUGCUCUAUGCUUUGCUUUUACCCUGAUCUUA